AGCAAAGUUUCGUAAACAAAAGCCGUUUGGGUUUCAUUUUACAAAAAUAAACUAUCGUGAACAUCCAGAAAAUAAUUAAAAGUAUAAGAUAAAAAUCAGUGAAAUUCCACCCUCACGAUGAGCAUCCGCAUCGACAUCAACGUGUGCCGCGUGUGCUGCAAGGCGGAAGCCCCGCACUCGAUCCUGCAGCAUGCCGCCAAAUUUCAGUACUGCACCGCCCUUCAGAUCUCGGAACAGGACGGUCUGCCGACGAAGAUCUGCGAUGGCUGCCUCGGCCGGAUGCGGGUGGCGGUCGAGUUCAAGCGCAAGAGCGAAAGUUCCGACCGGCAUCUGCGAAGCUUCAUUGAUAAAGUAAAUAGUCAGUUUCAUCUGGCGCUGGGCGGUUCCGACGAUGAGGACGGUGACGGUGGUGGGGAAGAGGAGGAGCAUGAGGAGGGGAAGGCGGUAGUGGGGGAGGUGGCGAAUUCGGAGAAGAUUCCGAUGUGUACGAUUCCGGGCAAGCAGGAGGUGGAGCAGGGAUUGGGGGAGUCGGAGCCAAAGCAGGAGUUGGAAAAGUUCCGGGCCGUUGCGGUAAUUCAGGAGAAACCGGCGACGCCGCCGCCACCGUUGGUCAAGCCGGAACGGGACGAGGUGGACAUUGUGGAGCUGGAGUACGAGGACGAACUGCCGAUGGAGGAGUUGGGGGAAGAGGAGGAACAGGAACAGCAGGAAGCGGAAGAGGAACUGAUUUAUAUCGAUCUGCCCGCGGACUAUGAACAGCACCAGGAGGAGGAAGAGUUGGUCCAGCCGAUGGACGAGACCGGCCACGAAAGUGUCGAAGUGUACGAGAUUCACGACUCCCAGUCGGACACGCUGGAAGUGACCCAAACCACUUCGAAACGUCGCCCGCCGAAAACGCCCCGGUCAAAGACCAUUUCGGACUCGGACAAGUCCACGACUUCCCGCUUCGAGUGCACCCAGUGCAGCAAAAUCUUCUCCACCCGGACGAACCUCAACCGGCACCUGCUGACGCACGACGGCAAUAAGCCCUACACCUGCCUCCUCUGCCACAAGGGCUUCACCCAGUCGGGAUCGCUCAAGCAGCACCUGCUGAUCCACCAGAACCUGCGCCCGUACGUUUGCUCAGUUUGUGGCCAGGGUUUCACCCAGCAAAAGUCGCUCACCUUCCACAUGCGGAGACACACGAACGAAAAACCGUUCAUCUGCUCGUUCUGUGGGUACGCGUUCCGCCAGAAGGACGGCCUGAAGCGGCACGUGGCCGUCAAGCACAACGAGAACAAGACGCGCGACUUUGCAUGCGAUCUGUGUCCGAAAGCGUUCAAGACAAAGCAUGUGCUGACGGUGCACCGGCGGAAGCAUUGCAGUGGGAGCGGCGAGGGGACGGACAAGGAGGGGGAGGUGGAACAGGGCUCGGACGAAAUGGUGGUCACCGUUGUGGGGGAGAUCGAUGAGUAGGCACUUGCCAAAUAAAUACUUACUGAGAAAAGCCGUCACGGUAAAACAAUCUGUUGAAUAUCAAGUGAACAAUUUCCAAACAUGAAUUCUGAUCCAACUGAUGAUUUCAAAUAUUUAUAUGGAGAUCAGUACCAAGUUUAAAACUUUCUGGUUAUGAUUCAUAUGCACGUUCAUAUGUCAUGUGGUUGUGUUCGCGUCUGGAUGAUUUUUUUGCAUUUCCAAUCCUUGUUUUUUUUUAACAAUAGUCAACCUGAUGAAAAAUAAACUGUUUCCGCCGUUGCAGUGAAAGAAACCACCUGAACACUGAUAAAAAGCUAGUGAGAAAAUUGCUAUUUCGAAUCAAAGAACAUCAUGUGCCAAUUUGUAAGUGUUUAUUAGUGACCCGAAGGCAAAUAAAAG